UCGAUCGCCGUCGCCCUUAUCUUCCUCAUUGUCGGGAUGAGAUUUGUUUAUAAAAGUAAUCCCGCAGUCUCGCCGUCACGAGACGAGACGAUCUUUAUGGCUUUACAAUCCCUGACCUGGUCUCUUUUCGGCAGACGAGACGAGACGCUUGCGCUGCUGCACGCGCACGAGACGUCAUCGUUCGCUCGCGUUUAUCUCGCGUUGCAGCGCGUUUAAUUGACCAUGUGACAAUUUUAUUGCGUAAUCAAUAUUUACGAUAACGGUCACGCAUACUGGCCUCGGUCCGCCAAUACGCGCGAUAAUUGCGGGGAUGAUUAGCCACAUUGAUACUCCGAUACAAGAAUAGCCGCAACUUUGAAAAUGCAUUUCAUUUCCAGAAUACUUGCCGUUUCAACUUCGAUCUGCUGAUAUUGAGUAACCUUCGCUUUAUCGUCUUCGCGUCUCUCGCGUUGUCUUAUCGUCGCGAACGAGUAGACGGACAAGUUCAUGGAGAAGCAAUAAAGGAGGCACAAUACAAUCCACGGGAUGCCUGCGAAAAGUUAGUUACCUUACCCGUGACUGAUUCCCCCACUGCGAGGAGACACGAAAUGAAGCCUCUCCUUCGUCGGAGAAACCUCUUCCAAUGCUUUGCAGUUGAAAGAGAAAAGCGACGACAUCGACUUGGGGAAUGAGGAGACCAAGAGGAAACAGAGGCCAAGGCAUGUGACAGGCGCGAAGAGGCGCGUGGCGGCGCAAGCUGCGAAGUGCAUGCAGGUAUGCGAUCGGUAUCUAAUCGACGUAAAGAUCAGAAUUCUAUCCGACUUGGCGGGAUUUCUUGACCAAUCCGCGGCCGACGUCGACGAGUGGGACAGAUCAUUCUCAGACUGCGGAUGCAAGGAGCUCGACAUCUUUAUCUCCCGCCGACUCGAAGGCUCGCAGACGCGCUAGCGAUCUGCAAAGCGAGAUCAGCGGUAUAACGCUUCCGGUUGGACCGCUUGAAUCUUCGUUAGUGACAACGCCGGGGCUCCACAGUGGAUUGCUAGAGCACCUCGAUAAGGAUUUUUUCAAGUUCGCGAUUGUGAGGAAUAUCGAAAAGAAGAGCGACGAGAGCGUCGGAUUAAGCAAGAGGAUUAAGAUCGCGAAUGACCGUCGCGGUGACGCUCGCCCGGAAUGCAACAACCACGUUAUCAUCGCGAAAAACAGGAUAUCGAGCCUUAGAAGAUUCAACAACCGGAAUGCGUCUUGGAGGCCAGACGGACUCAAGAACGACAGAGAUAGUGACGAUCUUUUUUCUUCUUUCCUUCUCUCGGGCAGAGUACCACGAAAUCGCUAGUUGUUGUGAUAUCUUAUCGCGAAGAUAGGAUGAAGAUUGCUUCUCUCCGAGAGGAGGAUUAGUUGGAGAUCCUGGUUUGAGACUUACGACUGAAGAGUUCGGAGGACAGUUUCAUACGGCGAUUAGUGCCGCCAUAUCGUCGUGGUAGUGGAAUAAUUUUUUUUCGACAUCGCUGCAUCUCUUGUUUUUUUUUUCUUCUUCUUUCUUUCUUUCUUCUUCUUUCUCGUGCAACGCGAUCCCGCUAGGAUGACACAAAUAGAGGAUAAAGUAUAUCAAAAUAAAGGAUAUAUCAACGAGGCUUUCCAGCUAGACGAAGCUUUACGUUACGAUGCCAAGGAUACCAUUCCACCGGAUCGGCAGGAGCAACCCAAAAAGCCAACAACGGUGGAAACGGCCGAAUGGGGUGGCAGAUUGGAAUUCCUGAUGGCCUGCAUAGCCACUUCCGUCGGGCUCGGGAACGUCUGGCGAUUUCCGUUCACCGCCUACGAGAACGGAGGUGGUGCUUUCCUGAUACCCUACAUCAUAGUCUUAAUUUUGAUCGGGAAGCCGUUCUACCUCGUAGAGGCACUCCUCGGCCAGUUCACCAGCAAAUCGUGCGUGAAAACGUGGUCGAUGGCGCCGGCCAUGAAGGGUUUGGGAUACGCUCAGGCUUUCGCCGCGUUCUGCGUCGUUUCGUACUACUGCGCUCUGAUGGCACUGACUCUGUACUAUUUGGUAGAGAGCUUCCAGGCGGAGUUGCCAUGGUCGAUUUGCCGUCCUGAGUGGCGAGGUCACUGCAUCGACGUGACAUCGAACGGCAGCGUUUCCAACAGCCGUAACGUCAGCAGUUCGGCGGAACUAUACUUCCGGAAGGUGGUGUUGCAGGAGUACGAUUCCAUCGAGAACGGUAUCGGCGUGCCGUCCUGGCAGCUGUCGAUAUGCCUGUUCCUCAGCUGGGCCUGCAUCUUCGGGGUCCUGUUCCGCGGCGUCAAGAGCACCGGCAAAGCCGCCUACUUCCUUGCGAUAUUCCCGUACGUCGUGAUGACGGCCUUGCUUGUCAGAGCCGUCACCCUUGAAGGCGCUGUUAAUGGCAUUCUCUUCUUCGUCACGCCCAAGUGGGACGUCCUGUGGGAACCCAAGGUCUGGUACGCCGCGAUCACUCAAUGCUUCUUCUCGUUGUCCGUCUGCUUCGGGCCGAUCAUCAGCUACUCGUCUUACAAUAACUUCGGCCACAAGGUGAACAGGGACGUCAUGAUAGUCACGACGUUGGAUACGUUCACCAGCCUGAUGGCCGGCUGCACGAUCUUCGGGAUCCUUGGCAAUCUCGCCCAUGAGAUGAACACGACGGAUAUCUCGACGGUGGUGCGUGGCGGCACCGGUCUGGCCUUCAUCUCGUAUCCCGACGCGCUUUCGCGCUUCACCUUCGUGCCCCAGCUGUUCUCUGUGCUGUUCUUCAUCAUGAUGUUCGUUCUCGGCACGGGCAGCGCCGUCGCGCUCUCCGCCGCGGUCUUCAGCGUUUUCCGCGACCAUCUGCCGAACAUGAAGCAGUGGCUGCUGGUGCUCUGCGUCAGCUGCUUUGGCUUCCUCGUCAGCCUGAUUUACAUCACUCCGGGUGGUCAAUGGAUGGUGGCGUUGAUCGAUUAUUACGGCGGUACAUUCGUCGCGAUAAUCGUCGGUGUUCUCGAGAUGGUGACCAUCUUCUGGGUCUACGGUCUGUCGAAUUUCCUCAAUGAUAUGGAGUUUAUGCUGGGCAACAGGCUGGGAAUCUACUGGCGGCUGUGUUGGCUCUUGGUCACGCCUCUGCUCAUGAUCGUCAUUUUGAUCUACACGAUCGCCACGUACGAGGCGCCCACGUACGACGGCUUGCGAUUUCCCGAUUACGCUUACGGAAUAGGAUGGUUCAUGUUUGCCAUCGGAAUAUUCCCAAUAGUAUGGUGGAUCUGUCAGAAGAUCAUCGUAAACCGAUCGUCGUCGCUCAUAGAAUCUAUCAAGGCGGCCUUCCGACCCGCGAAGGGCAAAUGGGGCCCGAAUGACCCGAAGGUACGCCGAGAAUGGGAGGACUUCAUCGCGCGGAAGAACUUCGGAAGAACCUCCAAGUUUCGCUUUUCACGAGACGGUCUGAUAGAGAUGUUUCUUAAAUGACGAAGAGCCUAGUUUAUUAUUUAUAUUUCCUUGUACCAUAAAUAAAGAAUUAGCUGCAUUUUUAUUACCUCCCUUAA